AUGAAAAGAAUGAAGAUGUACUGGUUGGCGGUGUGCCUCAUGCUGGCCUGUGCUGAGGCCUCCAAGAUCCUUGUGGUGUUCCCCUUACCAUCAAGGAGUCACGCAAACCUUGGUGAUGGAAUCGUUAAGCUUCUGCUGAAUGCUGGACACGAGGUGACGUAUAUAUCACCAUUCCCCUACAAGAAUGCUCCCCCCACGCUCCGGACAAUUGAUGUUAGUAAGAACUUUGAGAUCAUGCCAAUGGACAUAAUGAACAUCAAGACAAUAAUGAACACUUCAAAGUUCCUGCACAGCAUCGCUUUUAAAAUGUACAUGGCGAUUAAUAUGAUGAGGCAUACACUACAGUUAGAAGGCGUUAACAAACUCGUCGCAGAUCCUAAAGAAGAAUUUGAUCUUGUCAUCGCAGAAUGGAUGUUUACUGAAAUUCCUGCUGGAUUUGCGUCAGUAUUCGAUUGCCCGCUUAUUUGGCUGUCAUCAGUAGAAGUACACUGGAUGAUCCUCCAGCUCGUCGACCAGCCAACAAACCCUGCAUACACAGUGGACCUCAUGUCUACAUACGCUCCACCAUUGAGCUUCUGGCAGAGGGCUAAUGAACUAUGGACUCAAGUGACAAUCAAAUUCUUGCAAUACGUAUGGUUGGACGGCGUCCAAGAAAGGACUUUCAACGAGCUGAUCCAUCCAUUAAUUUUGAAGCGUGGCAGAAAACCACCAACAUUUGACGAAUCCAGAUACAAUGCAUCGUUGUUGCUGUCAAACGCCUACAUAUCCACAGCUUCUCCAGUAGCUCUGCCACAGAACCACAAGUUCAUUGGAGGGUACCAUAUUGAUGAGGAGGUCAAACCCAUGUCUGCGGAGUUGAAGAAACUUAUGGACAACGCAAAGCAUGGAGUAGUAUACUUCAGCAUGGGUUCCAAUUUGAAGAGCAAAGAUAUGCCUGAGGAACUCAAGAAGAGUCUCUUGCAGAUGUUUGGAACUCUGAAGCAGACUGUGCUGUGGAAGUUUGAAGAGAAAAUGGAUAACCUCCCUUCAAAUGUUCACAUUCUGGAUUGGGCACCACAACAAGCAAUUCUUUCUCAUCCCAAUCUUGCCGUCUUCGUAACCCACGGUGGUCUUCUGUCGACAACAGAAUCUGUCCACUUCGGCAUACCAAUUAUUGGUAUACCUGUGUUUGCUGACCAAUUUCUGAAUGUCGUAAAAGCUGUUAACAAGGGUUUCGCGCAACGAGUGGACCUGUCCUAUACUAUGGCUGAUGAACUAAAGGAAGCUAUAAUCGAAGUUACCAGCAAUAAAAGAUACGCAGAGAAAGCGAAGGAAUUGUCCUUUAUCCACCACGAUCGUCCAGUGAAGCCAGGAGUUGAGCUGGUGCACUGGGUGAACCACGUGAUCAACACACGCGGCGCGCCACACCUGCGCUCCCCCGCCCUGCACGUACCCUUCUACCAGAAGAUGUACCUGGACCUCGCCGCGGUCCUCGUCAUCCUGUUCCUGGCUGGACGAGUACUCUUGAAAAAAAUCUGUGCAGCAGUAAGGUCGAAAAAGGAAUCAGGAAGCCAAAAGAAGAAUAACUAA